UAAUCUCUAGAUUCUUCUCAUAUAAAUGUGAUAUCUGUUUCCACAUCUAGUUAACAACAUGUACAUUGAACAUAACAAGUUAGUAAUAAACUUAAUCCUCCAAACUCUAUAAAAGCUCACAAAACCUUAGGACUCACACACCAAAACAAAUUGAAGUGCUGCAAUGACUACAAAUCAGGAAGAGGUGAAACUUUUGGGAGCUGUUGGAAGCCCAUUUGUUUGCAGUGUAAAGAUUGCUCUAAAGUUGAAGGGAAUUGAAUACAAUUAUCAUGAAGAAGACUUAUCAAACAAGAGUGAUCUUCUUCUCAAAUACAAUCCAGUUUAUAAAAAGGUUCCAGUUUUUAUUCACAAUGAGAAGCCUAUUUCAGAGUCUCUUGUGAUUCUUGAGUACAUUGAUGAAAUUUGGAAACAAAAUCCUAUCUUGUCUUCUGAUCCUUAUCAACGAGCUUUGGCUCGAUUUUGGUCCAAGUUCAUCCACGACAAGAUCGUGACUACUUCGAUAAAAGCUUUUCGUAUCGUUGAUGAUGAGAAAGAGCGUGAAAAGAAUGUUGAAGAAUCAUCUGAGGCCCUACAGAUUCUUGAGAAUGAGCUGAAGGAGAAGUUCUUUGGAGGAAAUGAGAUUGGAUUUGUGGAUAUUGUUGCUGUGUUCAUAGCUUUUUGGAUCCCUUUGAUUCAAGACAUAACAGGGCUGCAAUUGUUCCCUGCUGAAAAGUAUCCAAAGCUUUACAAAUGGAGCCAAGAAUUUCUCAAUCAUCCAAUUGUGAAGGAAAAUGUGCCUCCUAGAGACCUUCUUUUUGCCUAUUUCAAAGCUCGCUAUGAGAGCCUCAUUGCCUCAAAAUAUGCUAUAAUGGCUACUAAUCAAGAUGAUGUCAAACUUUUGGGAGCUGUGGGAAGUGCAUUUGUUUGCAGAGUACAGAUUGCUCUCAAGUUGAAGGGAAUUCAAUACAAAUUUCUUGAAGAAAAUAUGGCCAAUAAAAGUGAUCUUCUCCUCAAAUAUAAUCCAGUUUAUAAAAAAAUUCCAGUUUUUGUUCACAAUGAUAAACCUGUGUCAGAGUCUCUUGUGAUUCUCGAGUACAUUGAUGAGACUUGGAAACAAAAUCCUAUCUUACCUUCUGAUCCUUAUCGAAGGGCCUUAGCUCGUUUUUGGUCCAAAUUCAUCGACGACAAGAUAAUUGCUACUUCAAUUAAAGCUGUUCAUACGGUUGAUGAUGAGAAAGAGCGUGAAAAGAAUGUUGAAGAAUCAUCUGAGGCUCUACAGAUUCUUGAGAAUGAGCUGAAGGACAAGUUCUUUGGAGGAGAAAAUAUUGGAUUUGUUGAUAUUGCUGCUGUGUACAUUGCUUUUUGGAUCCCUUUGAUUCAAGAUAUAACAGGAUUACAAUUGUUCAAUGCUGAAAAGUGUCCCAAUCUUUACAAAUGGAGCCAUGAAUUUCUCAACCAUCCAAUUGUGAAGGAAAAUAUGCCUCCUAGAGACCCUAUUUUUGCCUAUUUCAAAGCUCAUUAUGAGAGCCUCUUUGUUUCAAAAUAGGCUCAGAAUUUUAAGUUUAUCUCAUUAAGUUUUGUUUCGUUUAGGAUUUCAUUUCAAAAUCAUAUUUGUAUUAUGGUUUUUUGUGUGAAAUCUGAGUUACACUCGAAAUAAAGUUGUUGGACUCAAGUGGUUAAUAAACUUGAGUUGAUGACAAAACAUUUAACUAAA